CCGAACUCCUCAUUUAUAUUUAAACAUUGCUCGAAGCAGUUGGAAAACUGCAACAAACAGCGGAAACUGCUUUCUUCUUCCCCAAAUCAAUCAAACCACAAUACCUAGUUUUCAUCUGCCAUGUCGGCGUUGCCAUCUCCGGCGGAGGCCGGUAAUAUUCACGGCGAUGAUGGGUUCGGAAGCGAGUUCAGGACUUACAGGUACAGCAGCAGCACAAGCGAGAUAGAGGAAGAGGAUUCAGCUCAGACAUUUGAAAUCAAAAGGCAAACGGUAUCGGCGGCGGCGGCGGCGGGGGCAGGGUUGGAGAGCAUUAGGGAAGAUUACAGCCGUGGGUGUUCGUUCUCGUCGGAUGCUCUGAAAUGGGAGGAUUGUGUUUAUGUUGGAGUGGGGAAAAGCGAUUCUAGUAAUGAAGCGCUUCAGUGGACUCUCAAGAACGCCAUUACAAGCUCUACCACUGUUGUCUAUCUCUUACAUGUCUUCCCUGAGACACGUUACAUUCCCAGCCCAUUGGGAAAGAUUCCAGUUAAUCAGGUGAGUAAACAACAAGUGGCUAUCCAUGUAGCUCAAGAAGAAAGCAAAAGGAAGGAUUUUCUUCAGAAUUUCAUUGAUUCUUGUUCAUUGGCUAAGGUUAAGGCAGACACUGUGCUGAUUGAGAGUGACAUGGUAGCAAGGGCCAUUUUGGAUGUUAUACCAAUUCUCAACAUAAGGAAGCUAGUCCUUGGAGCCAACAAAUCCAGGAAGUUGAGAUCUCGAGGGGGAAGUGGAAUCGCUAACGAGAUACUUCAGAAAGCUCCUGAAUUUUGUGAGGUUAAGGUUGUUUGUGAAGGGAAAGAAACAAGCCAACUGGGUGGAUUGCCCUCUCCUAUCUCUUCGCCUCGCUACCAAGAUGAUAGCUCCAAGGAUAAUGAUCCUAAUUCCACCAUUACUGUAGCUGAAGAACAACGAAACAGUUCAGUUUCUUGCAUGUGUUUUAAAACUAAGUUUGUAUGAGGAACAUGAACAUCGAUUACCUUAGCAGCUUUCUUGUCUUGUCCCUAAAGGAUCAAAGUUUGUGUUUUGAUUUUUGUGUAAAUGAACUUUUAUGGGAAGAGUCAAAAUAAUCCAUUCAUUA